GACACUUAAUCAUUGUUUUUCUAAUCAUUAAUCACAUCAGCUUAAUUUCCCAAUUAGGUACUAAUCAAGUGAUACGGUGGGUUUAAAAGUGGAAUCGGAUGGUGGAGAAGCGAAGGAGAGAGUGAUCCGGGUUUUGGAAGCAUAAAAAAGAAUCCUCCCAGUAAACCUCACUGGAAGUUACUUAAGUUCGCAACUCUCGAGGUCUCUUUCUAAGCCAUCAUAGAUACACAGUUCGGUAAUGAGAUCAAACACAUUAGAGACAACAAGCAAUAAACCCCAUCAUCUUUCUUCGCUAAUAAUUUAACCAAACUUUACCUUUUUGCUGGGUGAUGGAUCCACCAGCUAUGAUGAGCGAUGGGGGGUACAAUCUAGCGGAGAUCUGGCAGUAUCCCGUGAAUGAAUCUGGGUUAAGGAGGGGUCAGUUUGGGAAUGUGCCGCCGCCUCAUUACGACCACCCCAAUCCAGAGGUAUCGGGUGGUGUGAGGAGAAGGCGUGAUGGAGAAGAUGAGGCAGCUAAGGUUGUCUCCACCAGUAGUGGCAAUGGCGUGAGUUUUGGUGAUGGAAAGAGACUUAAAGCAUCAGGAUGUAGAGAGGAGAAUGACGAUUCUAAAGUUGAAGCAGCAGAACCCAGUUCAGGCAAGCCAGUGGAACAAAAAGCUAAACCACCAGAGCCACCUAAACAAGACUACAUCCAUGUGCGAGCUAGAAGGGGUCAAGCUACUGAUAGUCACAGUUUAGCAGAAAGGGCGAGGAGAGAAAAGAUUAGUGAAAGAAUGAAAAUUCUUCAGGAUCUGGUCCCUGGUUGCAAUAAGGUCAUUGGCAAGGCUCUUGUUCUUGAUGAGAUAAUCAAUUACAUUCAGUCACUACAGCGUCAGGUUGAGUUCUUGUCAAUGAAGCUUGAAGCAGUUAAUUCAAGAAUGAAUCCUACCAUUGAAGUAUUUCCUCUUAAAGAUUAUGGCCAACAAACGUUUGAUGCUACUGGAAUGGCAUUUGGUCCACAAGCAACGAGGGAAUACAGUCGCGGUGCAUCACCAGAGUGGUUGCAUAUUCAUGGUGGUUUCGAAAGAACAACAUAAUCUCUACAGUUCAUUGUCAAUCAGCAAUAAGAACAUUAAUUUCCCAAUGAAUCCUCUCCUUCAGUCAUACCCAAAGAAGCAUAUUGCAUCCUGGUAAAACCAGAGACACUCUAUUUUCAUUCUCAACAUGAGGCAUUGAGCUCUAAAAGAAUGCUAAAGUCAGUACCUGAACAUCUUGAUUGUUGUGUUUGGGAGAAUGUGUUCUUUUUCUUCAUAUAUGAAAGGUCAGCCUUGUCUGUACUAAUACCUGAACAGAAUCUCCUAGAAUGAUUUAUCGUUGGGUGUACAAGAAAGUUGCUUGUUCAGAAUUACUGUCUGAUGCUGACAUGUUGAAUCAACUUUGUUUUAGUGUCUUGUUAGUUAAAAAGUUGAAAUUGUGAUAAAUAAAUAAAGCCAGUUUACUGUUAUCUUUUA